CGCGAACUGCACUCGAUUCCUAAGUGAAAGUGAAAAAAUAGUUGAGUGAAUAUUUUUCAAAUGAAAAUUAUUUAACAAGCUGAACUAUGUUGAUGGUGGUAUUAAUUUGCGUGGUCUUCGGUUUGUGGGCGUGGUAUCUGAGGAAUACUAACAAAAAUGAGCCACCAGCAAUCCCUGGUGGUCUACCCGUAAUUGGCCACGCACAUACAUUGAUUGGAGACAGCACUAAAUUGUGGGCGAUGGUUAAAGAUCUAUCCUACAAAAGUCUAGAAGUUGGAGGAGUGAUUUCUGCUUAUAUUGGACCAAGGACAAUAUACGUGAUAACAGACCCUGAUGAUUUCUUAACGGUAGCUAAUACCUGCUUACAAAAGGAUGGAUUCUAUGACUUCGCAAAACCUUGGCUUGGAGAGGGUCUGGUAACUGGAACGGUUUCAAUAUGGAAAGUUCAUCGCAGAUUACUCAAUCCAGCGUUCAGUCAGAUCGUUCUUGACGGGUUUAUGGAUGUUUUCAACAAACAAUCACGUCGUCUCGUGAAAGAUUUAGAGGUUGAAAUCGGGAAAGGAUCGUUUGACCACUGGGUCUACACGAGACACAACGCUUUGGAAACUAUAUGUUUAACUGCUUUAGGAGUGGAUUUCAAUGAGAAGAGCGUGCUGAAUAGUAAAUACGUGACGGCCGCGGAACAGAUGUUCAAUCUACUCGUAGAUAGGUUUCAGAAGUUCUGGCUACACAGCCAUUUCAUUUAUAGCUGGUCAUCAUUGAGAAAAAAACAAGACGAAUAUUUGAAAAUCUUACAUAACAUGUCUUAUACGGUUCUGCAAAAACGAAAGGCUGAUUAUUUAGAGAAUAGAAAUAAAAAGGAGGAAACAACGCAAGGUCCCAAAUUCAAGCCUUUUAUGGAUCUUCUCCUGGAAUUAUCGAUAGAGAAAGGAGCCUUCAACGACCGUGAGAUAAGAGAGCAUGUGGACACCAUGAUUGUUGGCGGCCAUGAUACAUCCGCUAGUGUUCUCAUGUACAGCAUGUUAUUGGUCGGUUCUUAUCCCAAGGUUCAAGAAAGGAUUUUUGAAGAGUUACAUCAUGUUUUUGGGGAUGACGACAGAGACGUAACGAAGCAUGAUCUCUCGCAGUUAUGUUACUUGGAGGCUGUAUUGAAAGAAACAAUGCGUAUUUACCCAAUAGUGCCGGUCACAGCGAGACGUUUAGACAGAGAUGUUAAACUACGUAACUGCACCUUGACCAGGGGUCGUACUUGCUUUAUGUUUGUCUAUGGUGUACAUCGUCACCCUAUGUGGGGGCCAGAUGCGGAAGAAUUCAAGCCCGAAAGAUGGCUGGACCCUGCUACUUUACCGGAAUGCCCCACUGCGUUUGCUGGAUUUGGAAUGGGAAGAAGAAUUUGUAUAGGAAAAACAUACGCUUUUAUGUCCAUGAAGACGUCGUUGGCGCAUUUAUUCCGACACUACAGACUCAAAGGAGAUCAUACGAAAUUAGAAGUUAAAAUAGACGUUAUGCUGAAACCUGUGUCGGGUUACCAUAUUAGUAUUGAAAGAAGGAACAAAUAA